AUAAACCUUUUCGCAGUUUGCUUCUUUCUCUGCUCAAACACGAACAAUGGCGAGUCUACUUGACUCACUCACAACCAGAAACUUCUUCUCUAAACCCAUAAUCUCUAGGAUCUCCUCUCCUUCAUCUUCCUUUGCUUCUUCUUCUUCUUCGAAUAUCUCACCCUUUUCUCCUCCCUCCGUUCUCUCUUACUCUCACAAAAGGUCGCACUCCCGCUUCCCUUACCCUGUCGCAGCAACUCUCGAUGGCUCCUCCGUCGAAGACGAGCUAGAGUUCGAGGAAUCCGAAGAAGACAGCUACCCUGAUGAGUCGGAUGAAGAAGAUGACCUCUCCAUCGAUAUCUCAAUUCUUGAGAAAGAAGCGAGAGACAUCGUUAGAGACUACGCUACUACUCUGUCUCGCGAGCUCAAACUCGAGGAUGAUGUAGUUGAAGGGAAGGAGUCACGUAGAAAGGGGAAGAGGCAAGCCAAAAAUAACCAGACGCAGAUACCAGAGCAUCUUCUCCAAAGAGUUGCUAUCGUUGGAAGGCCCAAUGUGGGCAAAUCAGCUUUGUUCAACCGUCUUGUUGGGGAGAAUAAAGCGAUAGUGGUGGAUGAGCCUGGAGUUACUAGGGAUCGACUGUACGGUAGAUCCUACUGGGGUGACCAAGAGUUUGUGGUGGUGGACACUGGUGGUGUUAUGACUGUUUCUAAGUCGCCAGCUGGUGUCAUGGAAGAGCUUAACGUUUCGACCACCAUUGGCAUGGAAGGUAUACCAUUAAGCUCCAGGGAGGCAGCUGUUGCGAGAAUGCCUUCCAUGAUUGAGAAGCAAGCUACUGCGGCUGUUGAAGAGUCAGAUGUUAUUGUUUUCGUUGUCGAUGGCCAGACAGGGCCUACAGGUGCUGAUGUGGAGAUUGCAGACUGGUUGCGGAAGUACUACUCACAUAAGAAUAUCAUCCUCGCGGUGAACAAAUGUGAGUCGCCACGUAAAGGACUCAUGCAGGCUUCAGAGUUUUGGUCUCUUGGGUUUUCACCUAUCCCUAUUUCGGCAUUGUCGGGAACAGGAACAGGAGAGCUACUUGACCUUGUUUGUUCUGGACUAAACAAACUCGAGAUCAUGGAGACCAUGGAAGAGGAGGAAGAAGAAAACUACAUACCUGCCAUUGCAAUUAUAGGCAGGCCAAAUGUAGGCAAAAGCAGCAUUUUGAAUGCACUUGUCCGAGAGGAUAGAACAAUUGUUAGCCCUGUUAGUGGCACUACCCGUGAUGCUAUUGAUGCUGAGUUUACCGGACCAGAUGGAGAGAAGUUUAGGCUAAUAGAUACGGCUGGGAUCAGGAAAAAGGCAGCUGUGGCGUCAUCAGGGAGCACUACAGAGGCCAUGUCAGUGAACCGUGCAUUCCGAGCAAUUCGUCGUUCUGAUGUGGUUGCUCUUGUCAUUGAAGCCAUGGCAUGCAUAACAGAGCAGGACAUGAAGAUCGCAGAAAGAAUAGAAAGAGAAGGGAAAGGAUGUCUGGUAGUAGUAAACAAAUGGGAUACAAUACCAAACAAAAACCAACAGACUGCAGCACAUUACGAGGAUGAUGUUAGGGAGAAGCUCCGUUCCCUCAAAUGGGCACCCAUUGUUUAUUCUACUGCUAUAACUGGCCAUAGCGUUGACAAUAUUGUGGUUGCUGCUGCGACGGUUCAAAAGGAGAGAUCAAGAAGACUUAGUACUGCUACAUUGAACCAAGUGAUUAGAGAAGCGGUUGCGUUUAAAUCCCCUCCAAGAACCCGAGGAGGCAAGCGAGGCCGCGUUUAUUAUUGCACUCAGGCAGCAAUAAGGCCACCGACGUUUGUGUUCUUUGUAAACGAUGCAAAGCUGUUUUCGGAUACGUACAGAAGAUAUAUGGAGAAGCAGCUACGCACUGAUGCAGGCUUUGCUGGGACUCCUAUUCGUCUUCUUUGGCGCAGCCGUAAGAGAUCUGACAAAAAUGGAGGAGGUGGAGGUACAAUGAGAAUGUCAAGUCUUUCACGUGAGAGAAAUCUUGCAACAAAAAGGUCAUAAUGUUAAGUCAUCUUUGUUAAAUUUUGUGUAUUUUUUGAGAAAUAAUGUAUUGAAAUUCGAUAUUAUAUAAAUUCAUAGUCUCUGACUCUCCAUUGAUCUUCCAUGUAUGUUCCAUUUUGUUUCUUUCUGAGAAUCAAAACAAGAUAUUACUAAUC